AUGGGUAAAAAGAAACCGCAGAAAAACGUUCUCGGGGCCAUAGGCCAAACGUCAACACAAGCGGUACAGCAGCAGCAGCAACCGCAAGGACCACAGCAAACGCCGCAAGGAUCACAGCAACAACCGCAAGGUCCUCCAGAAUCGCAGCAACACCAGCAAGGUCCGAAAAGACCACAGCAACAACAGCAAGGUCACCCAAGUUCGCAGCAACAGCAAGGCCCGAAAGAACAACAACAACAAACGCAAGGUCCUCCAGGAUCGCAGCAACAACAACAAGGUCCCCCAAGAUCACAGCAACAGCAAGGCCCGAAAGGACAACAGAAGCAGCAAGGUCCGAAAGGAACACAGCAACAACAGCAAGGACAACAACAAACGCAAGGUCCUCCAGGAUCGCAGCAACAACAGCAAGGUCCCCCAAGAUCACAGCAACAACAAGGCCCGAAAGGACCACAGCAGCCGCAAGGUUGGAAAGGACAACAACAACAAACGCAAGGUCCUCCAGGAUCGCAGCAACAACAACAAGGUCCCCCAGGAUCGCAGCAACAGCAAGGCCCGAAAGGACAACAGAAGCAGCAAGGUCCGAAAGGAUCACAGCAACAACAGCAAGGCCCGAAAGGACAACAACAAACGCAAGGUCCUCCAGGAUCGCAACAACAACAUCAAGGUCCGAAAGGAUCGCAGCAGCAGCAAGGUCCGAAAGGAUCACAGCAACAACAGCAAGGUCCACAAAGGCGUGAAUAUGCACAAGACCGCAAGGGUCAAGGUGAUGGCCAUGCAAUUAGUACCGCUGGUGACAGUGCGGCACACCGUGACGCUUCCGUCUCGUCAUCGAAGUCUUCCAGUUCGGGUGACGGUAGCCUAAAGCCGAUCGAAGAGAACCUUCAGCAGAUGCGUAUAGCUAAAGAAAAGAUUCGCCGAACCGAUCUGCGACCAGUAUUGGUGCGCUCUGGUGCACACGGUACUCGUGGCAAAAAGGUAUCAGUAGAGGCUAAUUUCUUCCGACUGCUGCUCGACAAGCUGAAGGGCGUAGCGUACCAUUACGAUGUAGCGAUCGAACCGGACCGACCGAAAAAGUUCUACCGCGGUGUGUUUGCCCAGUUCUGUCGGGAAAACUAUCCGGGUGUGGCGUUGGCGUACGACGGGCAGAAGAGUGCGUACACAACGAACAAGCUGACCGAUAAGAAGGCGAAAGUGCUGUACCAGCCGGAGGAUGGUGGCAGAGCGAAAGAGUACAGCGUGCAGAUGAAAGAGGCUGCUCAGCUCGAUCUGGGUGUGCUGAAAACAUAUAUGCAGUCGAAUGAUGCCACGUUCGCGAAACCGAUGAGCGCGAUCCAGUGUUUGGAUGUGGUGUUGCGUUGCGCUUACGAGAACAAUCCCAACUUUGUGCGGUUCAAGCGAUGCGUGUACAUGGUCCCGAACGAACGAAUCGAUCUCGGCAAAGGACACGAACUGUGGUACGGUCUGUUCCAGUCGGCCGUGCUCGGUUCCCGGCCCUACAUUAACCUGGACGUAUCCCACAAAGCAUUUCCGUGUGCGGCUCCCCUGCUGGCAGUGAUCGGAAACAUGAAUCGUGGCAACGUGGAGUCAAUCAGCGGCUGGGCACUGAACGAACUGCAAAGCUUCCUGAAGGGUAUGGACGUAGUGUACAAGAACCCGGCGGGCAUUAUCAAACGGAUGCGCUGCAACGGGCUGCGCGAACCGGCCAGCCAGCAGAUGUUUAAGCUGGACGACGGUACGCGUCUCUCCGUGGCGGAAUACUUUGCCAGGCGGCUCAACUAUCGCCUGCGCUACCCGAACCUUCCCGUCGUGCACGUCGGCAGUACGGUGCGUUCGGUGUACGUGCCGGCUGAACUGUGCGAGAUACCGGGUGGACAGGCAUUGAACAAAAACCAUCCGGAGGAGUGUACGCGCAAAAUCAUCCGGUACGCUGCCACUAACACCCAGACCCGCAAGCAAAAGAUCAUUAGCCUGGCAUCCCAGCUGCAGUACAACAAAUGUGCGACGCUAAAACAAUUUGGCAUCGAGGUUGGCAACGAGUUCGAGAAGGUUCCGGCCCGCAUCAUCGAUGCGCCACCGAUCGAGUACGCACGGGGCGAAAAGAUUGCACCACGGUCCGGUGUGUGGCGGGCGGAGGGUAAGAACUUCCUCAUACCCAGCACGGAUCUAAGCAAGAAGCCGUUGCGGUGGCGCAUUCUGAAUUUGGACUCGUACACGAAUGAGGCAACGGUGAAGAAGUUUGGCGAAAUGUUGCAGCAGCAGGCAUUGCGGUGCAACGUGCAGAUGGAACCGUUUGACAUGAGUAGCACGUACGAGCUGGUGCGUGACAUAGCCAACGCGCUGCGGAACAUCGGCACAGUGUUGGAGGGUAUCAAGAAGAAGGAGCCAGCGAUCACAAUUGUGAUACUGCCAAGCCGUGGCGAAGUGUACUCGAAGGUGAAACAAAAGGCUGAGCUGGCGAGCGAGCGUAUCGGUAUACUGACCCAGUGUGUUAAGGGUACGACGGUGGCGGAGAAGAGUACCGAUAUAAGCACCCUAAACAACAUAAUGUUAAAGAUAAAUGCCAAAACGAAUGGUUCCAACCACUGCAUCUCGCCAGUCGCCGUACCACCGUUGGCACGCGGCAAGGUGAUGUAUAUCGGUGCGGACGUCACACAUCCGCUCGGCGACGACAUACCGAGCGUGGUUGGCGUGGCAGCACUGUACGAUAUGAUCGGCUUCCGGUACAACUGCAGCGUCCGGCUGCAAGGUGCCCGUGAUGAAAUGAUACGCGAUCUGGAGAACAUUGUCCACCGGCAGCUGAUGCUGUACCUGCAGUACAAUGGCGAACUGCCCGAGCGCAUCAUGUACUACCGGGACGGUGUUUCGGAUGGGCAGUUUGCGGAAAUUCUUACGAUCGAGCUGCAGGCACUGCAUGCGGCCAUUGCUCGAGCCAAACCCGGCUACAAGCCGGCCGUUACGUUCAUCGUCGUGCAGAAGCGGCAUCACACCAGGUUCUUCCCGCAUGGCAACUGUCCGUCGGACGGGAGGAACUGCAAUGUACCGCCCGGUACGAUUGUGGACAGCGAGAUAACGAUGCCCAAUCGGUACGAGUUCUAUCUGGUAAGCCAUGCGGCUGUCCAGGGCGUUGCCAAGCCGACCAAGUACGUGGUACUGUACGAUGAUUCCAACUGCCAUCCGGAUCAUCUGCAAGCAUUAACGUACAAUCUGUGUCAUCUGUUUGCACGUUGCAACCGGGCCGUAUCGUAUCCCGCACCGACCUACUAUGCCCAUUUGGCCGCCUACCGUGGUCGGGUGUACAUCAAGGACCGCCGCAUCAAUAUGAACGAUCUGGAAAAUGCUUACCGUGAUAUUCAAAUCAUUUCCUCCGUCACUGACAACAAUCCCAUGUUCUUUGUGUAA